CCAUUAUCCCCAAACAUGAUAUCGGCAUUUCGAAAUACUCUUUUCUCUCAUUACUUGUUAAACCCUAAACCCUUCUUCCCACUCAUUCUCAUUUCUACCCAAAAUUUCUCCAUUCCCAAUUCCACCUUUGUCUCUUCGACUUCUUCACUCUGCAAAGCUCGUUCUCACUCUACAUUUCUCUCUACUCUAAUGGCGGGUGGUGAUUUCCUCAAUCCUUCGUCGGACAAACUGGAGAAACAGUUUGAAGACUUCCGCCAUCAUUUGGAGGAAUCGGGGAAUAUCCGGGAACGGAUACGAGCUGUCGCGACGGAGAUAGAUUCAGUUACUCGGCUCAUUUAUGCUAGCCUUCUUCUCGUUCAUCAGUCUCGCCCUGUUGCUGAGGUUAUCGAGAAGGCUAAGUCUCAGAUUGGAGUGCUGAAGGAACUUUACAGUCGGCUUUCAGAAAUUGUACAUGAAUGCCCUGGUCAGUAUUACCGGUAUCAUGGUGAUUGGAAGAGUGAAACCCAAACCGUGGUCUCAUUGCUUGCUUUUAUGCAUUGGUUAGAAACAGGGACUCUUGUUCUGCACAUUGAAGUUGAAGAGAAACUUGGGUUGACACCAACAGAAUUUGGACUUGAUGUUGAUGACUAUCUUAUUGGUAUUUGUUUCAUGUCCAAUGAGUUGCCUAGAUAUGUGGUGAACCAAGUGACAGCUGGGGAUUAUGACUGUCCACGGAAGGUUUUGAAGUUCUUGACAGAUCUUCAUGCAGCAUUUCGCAUGCUAAAUCUCAGAAAUGAUUUCUUGCGCAAAAAGUUUGAUGGAAUGAAAUAUGACCUGAGGAAAGUUGAAGAAGUAUUUUAUGAUGUAAAAAUCAGAGGCUUGGCUGCUAAUGGAGACUCAGCUGGAGAAAAACAGGCACAAGGACAGUCUUGAAUAUCUAUCU